UACCUUAAUAAGGUCAAGGUAGAGAGGCAGAGAAAAAUGGUUCUUAUGUAUCGCUUAAUUGUUCUUUUCUGUUUGUUAGGGUUAUUUGAUUUAUGGGGAGGCUCAACCAUCUCCGGCGCCGUCGCCGGCGAAGAGAAACGGCUAAUAAAUGUUUCGAGAUUAGAAAUGUUCGUGGACGAUCUUCCCGAUAUGCCUAGAUUACAAGGUUUUGAUAUCAUCAAUGGAAUCCCUGUCUCAAAGAAACUCAACAUUAGCAUGUUUCAAAAGAAAUGGAGAUUUCACAGAGAUAUUCCACUAACCUCGGUAUUCGCAUACGGCGAAACCAAAUCAAAGGCAACAGUUCCCGGUCCUACAAUCGAAGCUCUUCACGGCGUUCACACAUCAGUAUUGUGGAAAAAUCAUCUCCCUUCAAAGCAUAUUUUACCAUGGGACCCAACAAUUCCGACAGCCAUGGCCCGGAAAGGAAUUCCAACUGUGGUUCAUCUUCACGGUAGCAUUGGUGAGGCGGAGAGUGAUGGACAUGCUGAGUCAUGGUUCACAUCUAGAUUCAAAGAAACAGGACCCACUUGGACUAAGAAAACAUAUCACUAUUUCAAUCAUCAACAGCCUGGGAAUUUAUGGUACCAUGAUCAUGCCAUGGGUUUAACUAGAGUCAACCUAUUAGCUGGUCUCCUCGGAGCUUACAUUAUCCGACACCCAGAUGUCGAAACCCCACUAAAACUCCCCUCCGGCGACGAAUUCGACCGCCCGUUGGUCAUUUUCGACCGGAGCUUCACCGUCGACGGUUCGAUUUACAUGAAUCAUACCGGAAACAACCCGUCAAUACAUCCACAAUGGCAACCGGAGUAUUUCGGAGAAACCAUAAUCGUCAACGGAAAAGCCUGGCCUCGGCUAACCGUGAAACGCAGAAAGUACCGUUUUCGUAUCAUAAACGCAAGUAACGCGCGUUUCUUCAGAUUCUUCUUCACCAACGGCUUACGAUUCGCCCAUAUCGCGUCCGAUUCCGUUUACCUUGAACGCCCGGUGAAGCUUAAAGAGAUUCUCCUAGCCCCGUCGGAAAUUGCUGACGUCAUCGUCGAUUUCUCCGAAACCGAAUCCGAUUUCGCGAUAUUAGCGAACAGCGCACCGUACCCAUACCCGUCGGGCGACCCGGUCAACGAGGUCAACGGUAAGGUAAUGAAGUUCGUGAUUGAAAAGGGUCGGGUAUUGGAUACUGGACGUAUACCACAUAAGCUAUUAAAAUAUGUUACUCCGGAAUUAUCCUCUGCUUCGAGAACACGGUACAUUGCUAUGUACGAGUAUACUAGCGCCAUUGAUGAGCCGAUACAUUUGUAUAUCAACGGUAAACCAUAUGAAGCUCCGACAACGGAGAUUGCGAAAGUGGGGGCCACUGAAAUUUGGAAUAUAAUCAAUCUAACGGAGGAUAAUCAUCCACUUCAUAUUCAUUUGGGGCUUUUUGUGGUGUUAGAUCAAACCACGUUAGUAGAUUUGGAUGAGUUUAAGGAAUGUAUGAUUAAGAAAAAUGAUGCAAUUAAGUGCCACGUCGACAAAUAUACACGUGGCAAGAAACUAAAGGUGCUUCCACAUGAGAAGGGGUGGAAGAACGUGUACAAGAUGAUACCUGGUGUUGUUACGAAAAUCCUACUUAGAUUUGCUUUGAUACAUUCAAACGAAUCUUACCCGUUCGAUGCUACCAAGGAACCCGGUUAUGUUUAUCAUUGCCACAUUCUGGACCAUGAAGACAAUGUUAUGAUGAGGCCCUUGAAGUUUACCAAGUGAAAAGAUUAUACAAAUUUAAGUCUAUCUUGUCUAAUUUUGUUAAUCAAUGUGAAAUAACUAUUAAGUAGCAUCACAAAUUGGGAAUUGGUAAAUUCUAUAAGGGCCUAUUUUAUGGGUUUAUCUAUAUACUUUAUUUGAAAUUGAGUAUAU